AGAGGUAGCCGAGUUUCCAUUCGAACUCGAGGCUGAUUGGAAGGGGUUAAAUAUUCAUGGCAAACGGCAACUACUAACUGCACUGGUCACGCAAAAUCAUAAAAAACGUGCUCAGUGGAGUACAAAGGCUAGCGUACCUUGUUGGUGGCCACAAGAGAUAAGAUUCCGGGAUCCGAACAACGCCAAACCMAGGAUGAGGUCAUCUGAACUCAAUACCAUUCUCUCAGCAUAUGAUAGCUGUUACUACGAAUUCCACGCUGACGGUCUUCCAGCACAGGAAUCAGCUGCUGACUCUGACCCGAUUCCUCAAUCUCCUCAGUCUCCAACGGAUCCUGAUCCCUCAUCUUUGUUGGAUAAGGAACACAUAAAAAAACUCCAAACUAUAUUAGAACAAGUCGAAUCAUUGCGCGAAGAGGGAUGUGAUAGGGUUCUAAAAUUUCUUCACUCUCUCAAGGAUUGGAAUUCUGUGUCAGAAUGCAGUACAAUCCUUUCUAAUGAGAUGGUGCCUUAUCGAGCCUUCGAGAUUCAUUCAAAAGUUAAUGAUGAUCUUGUGGAAACCAGAUGCCGUCACUGGGUACCGGAUAACAUGCUGCAAGAAGGAUACGAGCCAGUUAAGGUGCAAGGCGAUGGCAACUGCUUCUUUCGUGCGAUUUCCACCUUGUGCUCCAAGCACAAAGAAGCAGAUUGGCGUGCAAUCAAGCUCGGCGCCAUCAUCGAUGCCUGUGCAAAUGAAGAAUUAUACGUCCAACAGGUAUAA